UUUUCAAUGGACAAAUAUCAGUGGUGAACAUUGUCAUUUAUCAAACUGGCAAACACUGUUGGACUCGAAUUGUUCUUGUUUUAAUCUCUUUGUUACUGUGGCUUUUUAUUGUUAAUAACGACUCGAAAGAAAAGGAAAAAAUGUCAUUCUUAUGUUGGAUGAUUAUUGUAACAAUUAAGUUACGAAUAAUAAUACAUUUGUCUGUAUUUAUUUGGAAAAAAUUAAUAGCACCAUCAAUUGGUCUUGGUCUUGAUGUUGCAACCCAAGGUAGGUGGGCUGUUGUAACUGGUGCAACUGAUGGUAUUGGUAAAGCAUUUGCUGAAGCACUUGCUGCAAAAGGUCUUGACAUUGUGCUGGUAUCAAGAUCAUUGGAAAAACUUGAAAAUGUAUCAACUGAAAUUAAAGCAGCAUAUGGAGUAUCAACUAAAAUUGUUGAAGCUGAUUUGACUGAAGGUCAACAAGUCUAUGAUAAAAUAGCCAAAGCAAUUGACAAACUUGAGAUUGGAGUACUUGUUAAUAAUGCAGGAGUUGGUUAUAAUCUUCUCGAGACAUUUAAUAAUGUGUCCGAAGAAUUAAUUGCAAACUUGUUGCAAGUUAAUAUUGCUGCUACGACUUUUAUCACAAAAAUAAUUUUACCAGGUAUGGUGAAAAGAAAAAAAGGUGUUGUUAUUAAUAUUAGCUCAACGUCUGCUGCAAUACCAAGUCCAUAUUUAUCAGUGUAUGCUGCAAGUAAAGCAUUCGUUGAUAAAUUAAGUGCUGAUCUUGCUGCUGAAGCAGCACCACAUGGUGUUACUGUACAGUGUGUGCUUCCUGGCCCAGUUGCAACAAAAAUGAUUAAAAAGAAACAAGGAACAUGGAUGGCACCAACACCAAAAAUAUUUGUUAAUGCUUGUUUAAAAACAGUUGGAAUCGAAUCAAGAACAACUGGAUAUUUACCACACUAUCUCAUAGUUGGAAUUUUUGAUAGCCUCAAUUAUAUUUGUGAAAAAAUUGCAGUUUGGUUUGCUUCUAAAAUAGCAAUUAAUAUUCGUAAUCGUACAUUAUUAAAAAUAAAACAAAAACAUAGUAAAUUAAACUAAAAAAAAUAAAAUUUAAUUGCCAUAAAUUUAGUAUAAAAUGAAGUAAUUUAUUUAAAAAUUGGUUUUCAGUUCAAAGAUCAAUACUGAUAUGUAAACAUUUAUUUAUUCUUUUUUUUUUUUUUUUUUUAUUAUAAAAUCUUUAAUUCAUGAAUUUUUGUGAACACACGUAACCGGACGUGAGCAUCAAUUUUUUUUUAUCAAAUUGCAUUCAAAUUCACACUCACAAUAUUUGAAACAUUAAACAUUUUUGUUUCUUUUUUUUUUUCUAUAUUGUAAAAAAAGUACAUUAAUUAUUUUUUAAAAUUAAUAUUAUACAACAGUUAGUGAUUUUUUUGAAGAUAAACUCUCUGAUAUUCUUUGUCUGUCUGAGUUCAUUGGUAACAGUGCAGUACCAGAAUACUGUGUACUUUUACUAUCUUUACCUGUAAAAUAAUUGAAAAUAGUAAUUAAUUUUUAAGGCUAAAUUCAAGUAGAAUAAUCUAAUUGUUAAUUAAAAAAAGUGUACAUUGAAUUUUAAAUUUAACAAACCUUUAAGAAUAUCAGGAAUAAC